AAUAUUUGAACGUGAAGUCUAGACCUGUGGUCUGUGUUAAAAAAACCUUGCAGUUUAGAAGUACAUUUAAAUCUUCCGCAAUCUAAAAUAAAUCUCCGGGUCUAGCAACGCUCAUAGCGAUGAGUACAGAUCUUUCUAUGUUGACAUACUUGCCGACUAAAGAGGCCGACAAUACCACGCCAUUUCCCCAUCGACAUUCUGCUAGAACCACGCUUCACUGGAUCAUGUACUCAAGUACCUCUUCUGAGUUUGGUCCGAGUACUUCAACAGAAUCAAUCACUCUGCGCACGGAGCAUCGGACGGACAUAAUGCCUCUGGAAAAUGCCACGGGAAUUCUUAAUGGAACAGAUAUCAUCUUAGCAGAUGACAAUUUUACGGUAGAAGUAAUCUGGGACUGGUUUGUGAAUUUAACAUUAGCCACUAGGAUAGUGAUAAGUAGCCUGGUCUGUCUAGUACUGGUGUUGCUGAUCAGUGUAAUCAGCUGUUGUUGCUGCUGCAAAAGAGGUAGAUGCAAAACAGAAAUCCGGAGAAACAACGCGACGAGGGCUUACUCCGGAGAUAGACAUUACACCCUACCGAACCAGAUCACUCGAUUAUCAAAACUACGUCAAAACUUCACACGUCGAAUCAACUCCCUGUGGCUGGAUCGAGAGGUUGCCGACGGAGAGUCUGUAAGUGCAAACAGAAUCCCCCACAAUUCACCUAGGAAAGAUCGAAACGUGCGCAUGCCUUCCCCGACACCAUCGGCAACAGACAGGCCGUACAUGGAUAUGUCGUGUCUGACCCAAACUCACAAAGAAAUCGAGCCUCAUAAACAUUUGGAUGAUCACGAGAACUUAUCAUCAAAAGGAUACGUAAAACCAGACCGAAAAAUACUACCACCACCACCACCGAAACCGCACCAAAAACUGCAAAACACCGACGGCAAAAGUAGUUUAAGGUUGAAAAAUAACCCCAAUGUCAUAGGCGAGCAAGGAUAUAAUAGUCCUCGCAUGCCUGUAAAAUACGCGGUUGUGCCGACCGUAUCAGUUCCACCGCCAUACAGCACGUGUCAACAGUGUUCCAUGGGUCACUACGGACCCGGAUGUAGCGCAAUAGUCCAGAUGCCUAUUCAGCAGGCACAAGCUAUGGGCAUGUACAAUAACCACAUGUACUUGUCUGAAGAACCGUACCACGUCUUCGCAUAUGGACCGAACAGGAAAAUACCACACUGGAAAGGUGACAUGGAACACGCGUAUUAUCAUGACAAUAUAGCAUAUGGUCAAAGCAUACCGGAAGUAGCAGACUACGGUGAUGAAUGUGACAUUAGUGAUGUUCCCCAGUUUGAACAACAUUCACUGAAAAACAGACAACCAAAAAUGCAGACACACGACAAAAACACAAAGUUUGAAAAACAAGUAUACGAUAAAGCACAGGUUCAGGAACCCAUGUACAGUGACGUUACAGAGCUUGACGGAGGAUUUAAUAACACUGGUUCUUGUGAAGGGACUCAAAAGCCUGGUACUCAAGAUCUGAAGGCUACAAAAAUGACACGUUCAGUUCGAAUGUCUAUGGAUUUAAAAUGACGUCGACUAGUUUAGGAGGAUUUCAUUGACAAAAAGAAUAACUUCACCUAACGGAUGUGAAAUCAAGAAGAAAGUUGACCAAUAUAAUGGGAUACGUGACUGUAUCCGUAUCAUUGCAUGAAAUCAAAGGUGUAACCCAAGUGAAAUAUGAAAUCCCAUCGACUAAAAACCACAUUUGAAUACGGGACUUUCGAGAUACGGAUCCACUCGACUUUUAUCGCGCGUUGAACGUCAUUUGUAGUGCAUGUCACUUCCGGAUUACAAUAACAAUUAAGUAAACAAGCAUAGAAUUCUUCAAUUGCUAUCAAAUUCCUGCAUUUAAAUGCUAUCUUUGAAAGAAAGAAAUUACUACAACCAUUUUAUAGGAAAAUGCAUUUGAUUAAAAUAUGGGAGUUGGCGAGAGAAAUAAAUCUAGGGAAUAUCUUGAGGAUAUCGGUAAAACCUCACGCCUUACAUCUAAUGAUACGCGUCUAAAUGCACCUUUUCCCCGCCAUCUAAUUUACACCCAGGCCACUAUAAGCACCAAUAGUGACUCGGGUCGUCAUCGUGGGACUGCGCAUAGCUCUUUACGGACCGUCUGCUAGCGAAACACCAUUUGUAUCGUUGUCAACUUUGCCCUACAAUUGGUUAUUAUCACGUGACCGUGGUGUGUAAAUGUCAAAUAUAAUCGGUCGUUCCGGCACAUCCCGAAAGUUCCGUAUUGUUUACACAUUCAUACAGAGUUGUCAAUAAAUUUGAUCGGUUAGAAUUAUACGAUUUAAGUUAAACACCAGCAAACAAAUACGCAGUGUGUCUGUAUGCAGUAAAGAUUUAUGAUAAUCAAUGCUAUAUUUAUAAUUACAUAUAGCCGAUUAAUGCUUGCUUUAUUUUACCUUAUUAUUUAGAUUGAUAAUGAGAUGACCUUAUAAUUCCAUUCAAACAUACAGACUAACUGAAUGUAUUCUCUGGUAGCCUUUGAGCUAUUUUAUAUAUUUUGAAAUAGAUUUGUUAAUUUCUCUUACUAAAGUCAUAAAAUUCACCUUGAAGUAAUAAAAUUUGAAAGGAGUUUAA